AUGCUGAGAAUAUCCAUCUUGAAGAUGGAAAGCCCUGCCUGUCUCUGGGGUCGAGUUGUGGGGGUCCCAGCUAGUGACGCUCAAUCUCAGGGGCAGUACGACACCAUGAAGGCACAAAUGAACCUUUUCUACCACGAUGUCACCCAGGACAAACACAUCGAGCUUUUGCCUUUUGAGAAGGGACAGGUCUGUGUGGUGUUCUGGCCUGCUACAAAGUCUUGGUGUCGGGCAAAAAUGGAAGCAGUCAUCACAGACUCGGUGUCCAGUCAUGUCCGAUGUUUCCUUGUUGACUACGGAGAACGUCUUGUUGUGCCCUUAGACCAAAUUCGAGUGGCCAUGCCGGAUUUUCUGCUGCUGCCGUUUUGGGUGCAGAGGUUCCACCUUUCAGGAAUAAAACCAACACGACUUCAAGUUUCUGUGAAUGGGGAGGAGCCAAAGAUGAUACCAUCGAGUCACUGGGACAGCUCUGCAACGCUUUACUUGCAUAAUCUCCUUCAAGCCUCAACUCAAACAGAUGCACUGUUGUAUGAAACAGAAGACGAGUCAACUUCCAUCCAGCUCUAUCUUACGUUUGGUUCCAUUAAGAUAUGCGUGAAUGAUGAAUUGGUGGACAAAAAGUUUGCUUACUAUAGCAAAGAUCCAACAGCUGCAAGUGGCUUGGAUGAAGAAGAUCGAAAGCCAGUGAUGUUGCCCUCCAGGAUCCUAAACCAGGGUGUACACUACACAAAGCCUCUGCCACCUGCAGCAACACAUCGUACGGAUGCUGUAGAGCCAUCCACCCGUCCGGCAAUUGAAUCACAGAUGCUAAAAGAAACCAGCAUUUCUGAGGAGGACUGCUGUUCAGUUGGGACCGAAGCAGAACUACUCUCUGACAGCCAGUCAGUUAAGAGUUCUGUGGCUGGUGCUGCAGAUAGUGAGUGCACAAAGGAGACAGACUCCACUCUCGCUGCAGCUUUAACCAACAACCUUAAUCUGUUUAAGUGUUUAAAAUUCUUGAAUCCCCAAAGCAUUUUCAAUCAGGUCUCGAGUAUUGUUAAGAGAGAAGACCAACUUAAGACCCCAGAAGGCACAUCUGCAGCUGCAGAAAUCUGCACACCAUGCCUUGAACCUGUUCUCACAGGUGAAGAACAAUUGAAUAUAAGAGAAAAUGAUGAAGCUCUACUUGACCUGCAGCAUCUUACAAAUGAGCCAAAAAGCAGCGAGAGCAGCAGCUUGUGUGAGUCCGAAACGGCGGAGAAGGAGAAGUCGUGGAGCAGCGAGGAGCACUGGGCUUGUUCUCGGCUCUUGGAGUGGUUGAACCCGGAUCCUCUCAAUGCUGAUAUUGAGACAGAAGAAGUGGAGGUUGCACCAACUGUGGAUCCAGAAAAAGACUUGUACCUGGUUCACUCUGCAUUCCCCUUGCAGCCAUGUCAAAGCCUGGAUUACGCACCAAUCACUGACCAACUCCGACGGCUCAUACAGAGGAAGCAGCUGUACUCUCUCUGCCCUGCUGACCGGUACGGCUGGCCGGCUGUAGCUCGAGGAUGUAACACUCUGAUCGUGUCUCCAAACGCUAACCAACCGCUCAGCUACCUGCCCCCUCUCCUCACCCAUGUCAUGCUCAAUUCCCUCUUCUCCUCGCUCACCUCCACCACUGGGCCCAUAGUGGUGGUGGUGUGUCCUGGUUGGCAGAAAGCUCAGGCCAUAUUCGACCUAUUGGAGGAGAUCAAAGUCAGCCACUGCCUUCACCCCAUGAUUAUCCACGUCGGGGUCAGAAAAGAUGAGGCCAAAUCCAUCAAGAUUCCCAAAAACUGCCUGCUUGUAGUGACCACUCCCUUCAGUUUAGUUCGAGUCCUUUCACAUCACUGCUUCCUCUUCCUGCGUCUGUACCACCUGGUGUUGGAUGAGGCUGACCAGCUUUUCACCCUAGCCCCUGAGCAGAUGACAAGCAUCCUGCAGCAUUUCCAGAAAGUGGUCUCUAGUGAGGAUAAGCGGUCCUGUCCCCAGCAGAUAGUGGCUGUGUCCAAGCAGUGGACCAGUCAUAUGGAGGGCUUACUAACCACCCACAUGCCUCAUCCAUCAAUUAUUGUCACCGUCCCAGAAGAGGCCGCGCUCUACGCAAACGUACAACAGAUUAUUCUUAUGAGUCUGGAAAGCAGCAAAAUCGAUGUUCUUUUGAGUACGUUGGAUUUCAGCCCUGAGGUUGGACUGAAAACAUUGAUCAUAACUUCUUCUCCUCGGGAAGCGGAUGAUGUAUUUGAGGCUGUUAGUAACAAGUCUGCCUUCUGCCUGAAGUCCCACGAAGGUCUAACACACGAGUUUGACUUUGUUGCACAACAGUGGAGGAAAAGCAUUGGUCCUGGCACUCAUGUCAUUCUAGUGAUAACCAAUGAGUGUCUGAGAUGUCUGGGGAUCCGUGAUGCAACCUGUGUCAUCCACUAUGGGUUUCCGUCCUCUCCCAGAAAGUUUGGCAGCCGGCUUUUCUGCAUGGUGAAAAAUUUUAGAAAUCUAACUGAAAGUGGCUCUCAAGAUAAAAUUGACUCUGGCCUUCACCUCUCAAGAUCUGUGUUGAUCAUCUCUGAGAGAAACGCUCGUCAUGUGGUUGGAGUUCUGCGUUAUUUGGGUCGAACCAGUGCCCCCCUCCCCACAGAGCUGCUCUCUUUUGCCCAGGGGGUGAACAAGGCUCGAGAGGACCAGAAAACCAACAAACCUCUUUGCAGUUAUCUGAAAAGCUUUGGAACCUGCAGGGAAAGCAGUGUUUGUCCGGACCGCCAUAGCUGGAAUUCACAUCUGGAUAAGUCUGAGCUUCCUACAUCAGGAGUCAUAGAAGUGGUGCCACUUUUCAUAAAGACGGCCUCAGUUUUUAUCGGGCGCAUUGUCACAAAAGAUGAAAGACCUUUUGAAUGCACCGCAGCUGAGAUCGCUUCUUUCUACGCGGAUAAGAAACCAGGAGCCACUGAGCUGACUGAAGGAGCUGUGUACGCCGUGCAGGAGGAGGACGUUUUUCACAGGGUGAAGGUGCUUUCUAUCCCUGACAAAGAAGAUCGUCUGUUCUUCAGUGUUUUCGUUGAGUUUAUUGAUGUUGGUAAAAGGGAAGAAGUCAAAGCCCACCAGCUGCUGCAGUUACCUGAACAGUUUCAGUCGCUUCCAAGUCAAGCAGUGGAGAUCAUUGUGUGCCGAGUGAAACCGUCUGACUCUGAUAAAGACUGGCAUCCAAAGGUCACGAGAGCGAUCAGUCAGAAAAUCAAAGGUCUGCAACACAGAGCUCGAGUUGUUCUCAGUCUUGGAAACACCAUCUUUGUUGACCCGAUGGUGCGAGUCACUCGAGUAACAGGCACGCAAACGGUGAUCAAUGAACACAACAUCCGGGCUGAGAUCCUGAGCAGUGGAAUGGCUGAGAGUAAUCCAGAGCACAUCGACCUGCUCAAGACUCUGUGUGAGGCUGACAACAGCAACAAACUCUCUCUGUCUCUUAAUGGAAUGACCUCCUUGGAAAACCGUAUCCGUAUCCAGGAGGAAGUCCUUGCAGAGGAGUUUCGAGAGGCUGAAUUCAAAAAGCAUGUGGCUGUGGUCGAACAGCCGCAGAUGAUGUGUCCCGUCUCUAUCAUGAUGAAACAAGCCACACCCUCUCCCUCUCUUCUACCUUUGUCCCUGCCCCAGCAUCUGCAACAGGCCAAGUUGAAAGUACCAAAAGUGGCCGACCUAACUUGUCCAACAGAAUCUGUGGAGCACAUUCCAAGAUGUGAAUAUACUAAUCUCCAGGCAAUUCCAGUUAAAAACGGAGUUGCAGAGAAGCAUGAAAUGACCAGAAAAGAGCCAGACAUCAGCAACCACAUUAAUCCUGAUAACACUAAAAGUUUGCACCCUCCAGUCCGCUGGUACCAAUCGCCUGAGUCCAUCACGGUGACGCUGAAGAUGACAAACCCAGAAGCUCAGAGUUGUAGUUUCUCAUCAGAUCGAGUCGUGUUCAGAGGGAGGGUUGGCAACAAAUGGUAUGAAGCCAACCUGGACCUUCACAAAAACAUUACUGCUGAUCGCUGCUCAUGGAAACUCGUGGCCAAUGAACCAGUCCUCACACUCCUCAAGCAAACUCCAAUCUCCUGGGAAAAAUUGGUGAAAGAAAAGAACAUAUUUGUGAGCUACGACUUGGAUCAUUUUGAGGAAAAUGAAUGCCAGGAAUGUAAUGGCUUGUCUUUCGUGGCAGACAUUGGAGAGGACAACUUUUAUGUGAAUUCAGAGACUGACUCAGAUCUGGAUUGA